UGGAAUGUGUUGAAUGUCCGAAUGGGAUAUAUAUUGCCAGUUUGUGAUAUGAUCACCAGUUAACAACCUCGACACAAAGCCCUCCUUUACCUUGCUACUCCCUGAAUAUUGUCUGGACAUGGCAUCGAAUUUAAUAGAUACCAACUGUAUUCUUGAUCUUAUGAAUAUUUUGGUAAAACCAGAGUUUAUACCUGCAAGAAAAAAUGAUAAAGAUGCAGAGAAAGAAAAUGUGUAUUCCAUUUUUGAUACAGCCUUAAAAAACUGUUUGGAAGCAUUUUGGAAAACACUGGAAGGAGAGAAACAUCUAGCAUUUAGGAAUAUUUUUCAAGAGAAUAGAAACAAAUUAAAACAUAAGUGCAAUGCAGAAUCAAUAGUUCAAACAUAUCUCGAAGUCUGUGAGGUUUUAUUAUACACGCUUCAUACUAUCAUGCAAGAAAAAAUGACUGAAUUUAAAAAGAGGGAGAAAAGGGAGUUAAAACCAAAUGAGGCUCCUCCACUUUCCCCAGAUACCCUGAGCGUGAGUCACCAAAAAACAAUCCUCUCCCUUCUCCAGUUUAUUGUAGUACUUGGAGUGUGUCCCCACUUACAGCCAGGUGUUGGAAUUCCAAUAGAGAAACGGUCCGAGUAUGGAAAACUAUUGUUAGAAUCUUCAAUGUCAUCUAACAUGUCUAAUGAGGAGCACCACGUGUCACUCCUUCAGACAUUGUGGGUAUUAGUAACCUGCCUGAAAUCUCCAUCCUUGGCUCAGAUUUUACUGUCUUGUCAUUUUGGUGACAUUUUGGCUGCUCUACUGCAAGUGAUUCAUGGAGGAUGUGAGGGGAAAUCUGAAAGCAGGACAACCACUAGGUUACAAACAGAUAUUGAUCAUAAAGAUGAAUGUGGAGCUUCUGAUGAAGAAAAAGUGAAACCAGAUGCAGGAAAGUGGACUCCAGCAACUGUUGUUGACAUGAUUACUCAUAAAAGUGAAGCUUAUUUCAUUGACAAAACAAAGAAUAGUUCUGAAGAUCAGCCUUUGUGUUCAUUGCAAACUGGAGAGAAAGCUACAAAAUCAACCAAUACUGAGUCACAAGUGUAUAACAGAGAUGAUCACAAGGCAACAGAUGUUGAUUCUGAACAGUGGACCAGAGAUACCUCUUUUUGUGAAGAAUGCCUCAGUGAUCUUUUGAAGAAAGUUCAUCCAGCCCUGGUGGUCAGGGAACUUUUAAUCUUGCAAGGUGCUCCCGGACCCAACUUUACUAAAAAGCAAUCUGUGAAUCGUAAAUUUGCACUAUGUCGAUCACCACCCUGGUUGAGAAGAAUUUGUGGCCGAAUGUUAUCUGAUAUUUUAACUGGACCUGAUGGAGUUAUCAACAUUAUAAAGGGAAUGCUGGGAAAUCUACCAGAUGACAGUAAAGUUGGUACUCCUGAUUGGAGAAAGUUUGAUGCUGUUGCUAAGGUGAUAGCUACUUGUCCUUCCUACAUGGAAUCCAUGGAAGAGUAUUAUCAGAAGAUUUCUUCCCAGAUUUUGCAGUUGCUUCAUCCCAGAGACAGACAGAUAGGGCGGGGUCUUCUCCGUGUAGCCUGUACAACCAUCUCCCUAAUGGCAGCCCAGAACAUGGUGCUUACAGAAAAACAUUUAAUACAGCCACUGUGUAGACCUCUCAUACUGACCACAGAGUACCAGGAAUUGGACACCAGACAUGGUGAUCAGUUUAUCAUUGUGGAUGAAAAAGAGAUGAGAGAGUGUAUUGAAGGUCUACACAAGGUCUUUGUUGGGGGAGCAGAACCCAGCAGUCGCCUGUAUCCCUCAUUGCUUCCUGUCUGUCAGCCUCUUUUUGAAUUGUUCUGUUUCACAAGAGGAGGUACUUCACAUUUGAGUUCCUCAUCACAAGAAGUAAUAGUAUCAGUGCUGAAGAAUCUGGAUCCACCUCUUUGUUUGUCUGUGUUGAAAUUUCUCCUACUACAGGACCACACAGAUAUGUGUACGAAAUCUAUGAAAGUCAUGAGUCCAAAUCUGAUCUUUGCAGUCGGAGAUCAAGGUGGUGUCGAAAUAGUAACAAGACUUCAGAGUGAUACAGGUGAAAGGAACCACAACAGAGUAGUGAGGGCCUUUGUUGACAUCCUUAAACCUCUGCAGCACACGGGGGUCACAGGGGAUUUCCUCAUCUUCACAUUAAAGGAGCUACAAAGGAUAAUUACAGAUGAAAUAUCCAGUGAGGACGAUACAUUACCAGGGUCCUCUCCCACUCCUCAUUCCUCAGACUCCUCUUCACAGUGUCUGUUGGACAUUGAGGAUAGACACAACAGAGAGCUGAGGUCUUAUGAUCAGAAAGUCUUAGUCCUUAGUGUGCUGGCACAACUCUGUGAGGAUCUAGGACCCAGCUGUAUCAAAAGUCCCUCCCAAACACUCAGUUUUGUGCAGGCCACCCUAGAGAGAGCUAUCCAGAUCUGUAGCCAAUCAGAGGAUGAGAUGACUGGAUAUUUUGAGAGUGAGACCCUAUCCAUGGCUAUGGGUCUAUUGACAGCCAUGCUCUCAGGAGCUGUGGAGAUGAAUGAUAAAGAUCGCAGUGAUAUGAGUUCUUUGAUGCCACUCCUAGAUGAAGUGAGCAGAGUACAUGCCGACCCCAGUAUGCAAGAAAUGGCAUCUGAUCUCAGGAUUGCAAUAGCAACACAUGGAGUGGUGUGGUCAGAGAAACUAAAACAGAAGGCACCACAGGAGAAAGACUCAUCAAACUCAGGAAAAAGUCAAUCCAAGCCUCUCAUUGAGGAGUUGUCUUCUACUGAAACUCAGCAACAACAGGUCAACAGAAAAACCGACAAUGACAGAACUAAGGAGAAAGUUGAUCAGACAGAACUGGACCAGGCAAUGGAGGAAAUCUGUGAUCCUCUAAUUCCUGUCAGGGGACAUGCUCUGAUUACUAUGUGUAGGCUGAUUAAAAAUAAGGACCCUGAGGCGUUAACUAGACAGGAAAACCUCCUGAAGAUCUUCCAGGAGAAUCUUACUCACCCAGAUUCCUAUUUGUACCUGGCAGCUGUUAACGGGCUGGUGGCCAUGGCAGACAUCUUCCCUGACGUCAUCAUUCCCUGUCUGGUUCAGGAAUACAGAGGCAGCUUAUCCAAGAUUGAUAAGGUCAAAUGUAACAGGUCAAAGGUCAAUAUGGAAGGAAAACAUGAUGCAGAGACAAGAAUGAAAGUUGGGGAAUGUUUGGUGCAGAGCUCCAGAAAGCUAGGUGAUCUUGCUCCAAAGUACAGAGAUGUACUUGUAUCUGCCUUCCUAAUGGGUGCCAAGGAUCCAGAUCCUUUAAUUAGGGCGAGUUGUAUGUCUAAUCUAGGAGAGGUCUGCUCAGUUCUGAGGUUUUACUUGGGCCCUAUUAUUCAAGAGGUUUUUACAUGCUGCAGUGCAUUAUUAAAGUCCGAUUCUGAUGUGGAAGUUCGAAAGGCCUCAGCUUUGACACUAACACUGAUAUUAAGAGGAUUGGGGAAAAAUGUUUUACAGGUGCUGGGGUCAGUGAUAAGGGAUUUGUAUCAGCUCCUGAAGCUGACUGAGAGAUCAGAGAAGGAUGAGGGGGUACGGAGACAGAUUAUACUGGCUUACAACGAGUUAGAUGACAUCAUGAGGGAGGAGCUAUUUCCAAAACAAGUUCUACAGAAAAAGAUUCGAGUUCUUGACUCAGAGUCCUGAUAAAAAAGAAGUGUUUUAAAUUGUAAAUUUUGUGUGAAACUCUAAAAAAGUGGAAAAUGUCAGCAAGCACACAAGACUGAUCAUUGAGUUUUUUUUUUGUUUUGAAUUUUGAUAAUACAUAUGUCUUUAUUUGUGCAUGUAAUUAUGCCAAAAACUAAAUAUCUUAUAACAUCAUUUAGAUGACUUUUCCUCAAUUUAUCAAUAACCAAUUGUGAGCAUUUUGAAAGUAAACAAGUACUUAUAUUUGUAUAUACAUGUAUAAAAGGUAAUAAUGUAUCUAGUUAAUUAAAAGGAUUCUGAUUGAGCAGUGCCUAAUGAAACAGUGAAAGAUCGAAAUAAAAUUCAGAAAAUG